UUUUUUUUUUUUUUUCUGGGGCAAAAUAAUAAAAGUGCAUAAGCCUGUUAAUUUUAUUUGUUUGCAUUUUCUUUUAACUAUGUCAAUUUUUAUUAGACAAUUUAAACCUAUUACAUUUAUUGCUACUCGAUAUUAUACAAGUGGUGCUGUUGAAGCAGCACCUCUCAUUACACGUCUUAAGGAUGAUCGUAAGACUUUUAUGAAAACUAAAAAGCAGCCUGAUUUAAAUGUCGUUAAGGGUCUUUUAAGUGAUUUUACUUAUUAUAUAAAAAGUGAAAAUUUUAAAGAAGGCACUUCAGAAGAUCAAGCCCUCAUGUCUGUUUUACAAAAGGCCAUAAAACGUCGUCAAGACUCCAUUAACCAGUAUGAAUCAGGAGGACGACCUGAAUUAGCAGAACAAGAGCGUCAAGAGCUUCAAAUACUUCAAGAUUAUUUACCCGAGCAGAUGAGUCCUGAGUUGAUUGAAACAGAGCUUCGAGAAAUUAUUCAUAGACUGGGUGCAACAACAAUGCGGGACAUGGGUAAGGUUAUGAAAGCUUGGAACCAUGAUAGUUCAGUUGCCGACCGUAAGCUUGUGUCUGAUAUUAUUAAAAAGUUAUUGCAAUAAAAAUAAAAGAAAAAGAAAAAGAAAAAGAAAAAGUAAAAGUAAAAGUAAAAAAAAAAAA